AUGGCUUCCAGAUUAGAAGAGGAUCUCUGUUGUGCCGUCUGCCGUGAUGUCUUCACAGAUCCUGUUGUUCUGUCAUGUAGCCACAGCUUCUGUAAAGACUGUGUGAAGAGCUGGUGGAAAGACAAAGAAGUAAAAGAGUGUCCACUUUGUAAGAGAAGACAUUCAAUGAUUAAACCACCUGUUAGCCUGGUGUUGAAGAACCUGUGUGAGACCUUCUUACAGGAGAGAGAUCAGAGCUCUUCACAUGCUCUCUGCAGUCUGCACUCAGAGAAACUCAGACUCUUCUGUCUGGACCAUCAGCAGCCAGUGUGUCUCGUCUGCAGAGAUUCAGAAAAACACACCGGCCACAGAUUCAGACCCAUCGAUGAAGCUGCACAACAACACAAGAAGCAGCUGCAGGGAACUCUGGAGCCCUUGAAGAAGAAGUUACAGUGUCUUGAACGUGUUAAAGUGCUGUUUGAACAAACAGCAAAACACAUUAAGGUCCAGGCCGGACUCAAAGAGACGCAGAUCAAGGAGCAGUUUAAAAAGCUUCAUCAGUUUCUGGAGGAGGAAGAGGAGGCCAGGAUGGCUGCACUGAGGGAGGAAGAGGAGCAAAAGAGUUGGAUGAUGAAGGAGGAGAUUGAGUCUCUGAGCAGAGACAUAACGGCUCUUUCAGACACAAUCAGAACCACAGAGGAUGAGCUGACAGCUGAAGACGUCUCGUUCCUGCUCAACUACAAGGCUGCAGUGGAACGAGUCCAGCAGCGCCCCCUGCUGGAAAAUCCACAGCUGGCCGACGAGGCCAAACAUCUGAUCUCACAGGAAUUUAAGAUGCUGGUGGCUGAUACAGUGGGCCCAAGAACCACGAUGUGGCCUGUUGAGAGCCACACCAGCCACACCAGGCUCCCAGCUCUGCCAGACCACUCAGAGUGCGCUUCAAGGAUGUUCCCGCCUCACCCCGUGUCCUGGGGUUUACUGUCAUAA